AUGCCUCGUCAGACCCAGGACUCGAGUAGAGGACGCCGCAGUCCGCCUACCGAUUCACCCCUCCCCGAGUCAGACUCAUACCAGAAGCCAUCGCGCAAGCGCAUAAGAGAGGCCGACCUUCCCUCAAACAGAGCGCCUAAACGUCAACGCAGUCCUCUCACAAGCUCUACCCGUCGCGACGAUCCCGAUCCGCCAUCCCCGCCUCGUUCUCCUCCACGAAAGCGUCCUGGUGCCUCUUCAAGAAUCAGUGUCGCUGCUAGACAAGCCGCCGAGCAGAAGAGAUUGCAACGCGAGGAGGAGGAGCGCAAGCAGGUACAACAGAAUCGUGCAAUUGCUGCUACAGACGUCGUCAGCGCACAUUACAAUGCCGUCCCAGAGAGAGGCAGAGACUGGAGAAAAACAGAGUCUAAGAUCCAAGGUCUGCGAUCCCUGAACAACUGGAUCAAGUCAUGCAUGAUCCAAAAGUUCUCCCCAUCAGAAGACAGGGACUAUCGUCCUAUUGUUCUCGACAUGGGCUGUGGUAAAGGUGGUGAUCUGCAANAAUGGCAAUCCGCUCCUCAAACACCACGUCUAUAUGUUGGUGUAGACCCCGCCGACGUCUCCAUCGACCAAGCAAGAGGCAGAUACAUUGAGAUGCAGCGACGAAGGAGGGGCCCCAGAAACGCCAAACACCUCGAAGCUCACUUCUUUGCCCAAGACGCUUUCGGUGUAAGUCUGGCAAACAUUCCCAUAGUACGGGAGGUUGGCUUCGACCCUCACGCUGGUCCUGACACAACUGGUGCUAUCACUGCACGCUUCUCACAAGGAGGCUUUGAUGUCGUCUCGAUGAUGUUUUGUCUGCACUAUUCUUAUGAGAGUGAGGAGGCUGCCAGAGGUAUGCUCAAAAAUGUUGCUGGUGCUCUGAAGAAAGGUGGUCGCUUCCUUGGUGUCAUGCCCAACUCGGAUAUCAUCCGCAGAAAGAUCGAGCAACACAUGAAAGGCGGAGUGAAACCCUCAGAACCAACAAAGGAGGACUCACCACCAGCUGGUCUGAACUACGAUGACGAUGAUGCUUGGGAUCCUGAGAAACCAUCUGGAGCCACUACUGCUGGAGACGAUGAUUGGAACCCUGAGCAAAGUCUCGAUCCGCAUGUUGAAAAUGAUGAAGACGACUGGGAUCCGGAAAAGCCUCUCGACCCACCGCAAGUUGCCAAUGGGGCCAACGAUGACGAUGACUGGGAUCCAGAAAAGAGUCUGCAACCUACAGCGAACGGCACUGCCGACAAUGAUGACUGGAACCCUCAAGCACCGAUCGAUAAUGCCAUCGCUGGCGAGGAGAAACCGAAACCCGUCAUAAAAGCGCCAGCACUACCGAAAGAACCUCUUGAAUGGGGCAACUCAAUCUACAAGGUCAAAUUCCCGGAGUCGCAGCCUCUGCCUUUCGAUGGUGUCUUCAGACCGCCUUUUGGCUGGAAGUACUACUACUACCUCGAAGAAGCUGUCGAUGUGCCCGAGUUUGUGGUACCAUGGGAAGGAUUCCGUGCUCUUGCAGAAGAGUAUGGCUUGGAAUUGAUGUACCGCAAGCCCUUCCCAGAAGUUUGGGAGGAUGAAAAGGAUGACUACGAGCUUGGACCACUGAGUGAGCGCAUGCGAGUCAAGGACAGGGAGGGCAGAUUCUUGGGCACGAAAGAAGAGAUGGAGGCAGCUGGUUUCUACCACGCUUUCUGCUUCUACAAGAUCUAG